AUGAAGAAUUUUGAUUUAAAUGGGAAAAAUAAAUUAACUGAGAUGAACAUACUUCGACAUGAAAUAAACGAUUUAAAUAUAAAUGAUAAUUCUUAUAAUACAAAUACUAUUAAUGAAUAUGAUAAUACUCGAGUAGAAAACAAUUUAAAUGAAGCAAAAGAAGUGUUAAAUUGUAGCUUUUGCAAUAAACAUGUAUGCCCAAUAGUUGAAAAAUACACACCAAUGUUUGUUUAUAUAAUAGUUAUAUUAUUAUUUCUUUUUAUUUCUUUUUUUACUAUUUUUUUAUUACCACUUUUAUUUUUAACUUUUAAACAAAAAAGAUACACAUGCCCUCUAUGUAAAAAAAAGUUAGAAUCUCCUGAAAAAAUAUUUAAAAUAAAAAAGGAAAAUCAAAUAUUGACUUUUCAAUUUCCUAAAUGUGCUAUUAUUAUAUCAGUGAAAUAUUUAGUAUUAUUUAUCUCUUUAGUAUUUCUCAUCUUUUUAUUUUAUAUUAUAAGAAAAAAAAAUGAUUUUAAUUUAGAUACCUUAGCAAAGGGCCCAUAUAUAAAAUCAUCCUGGUUAGACUAUCUAGAGGACUGUGGAAACAAAUCCCAAUUCAGAAAUAAAUUUAAUAGUAUUCAUAAUUUUAAAGAAAAGUAUUAUGGAAACACUGUUAGAUGGAGAGGAUAUUUUCAUCACAUAAAAGAAGGUUUUUUUAAUAACAAUUCUUUAUUCAUAAAAAUGAAUCCAUCUGAAUAUAGGUAUGAUAAACCAGACAUACGAGCACUUUUUAACAAUUCAUUAAUUUCUCAAAUUGAAAAUUUGCAAAAAAAUGAUUUUGUUGAAUUUGAAUGUACUUUGUUAGAAAUAAGUAAAAAUAAAAGUUCUCAUUUAUGUUUACUUUGGAAUGUCAUUCUGUUAGAAAAAUAUGAACCAAAGGAUUUUAACGUUGUUGAUUUUAUUAAGCAUUUAUCUAUAUUAGAUAUGAUUAAUAAUAAUGCUAAUCCUAAUCCUUUCUUUAUUAAUCUAGAUGAUAAAAAUAAUAAUGUAAGAAGGUCAAUAAGAAUAGUUCAUUUUUCUAAUAAUGGAUUUAGAAAUUCUAAUGCAAUUCAUGAUAAGGAUCAGUACAUGUUUAAUUUAUUAAAUAAUGAAAUAAAUAGUUCAAAUAAUGAUAAUAUAUAUAUUGAUAAAAUGAAUAGAGGAUCUACUUUUAAUAACAAAGAAAUGGAGAAAGAAGAUGAAUAUGACGAAAAUGAUAUAAAUGAAGAAGAUGAUAUGAAUGAAGAAGGUGAUAUGUAUGAAGAGAAUUCCAAUUAUGACCACUUUAACUAUGGUGAUAUAGAUGAAGAUAAUUCAAAUGAUAAUCAUCCUCAUCACAAUGAAUUUUUUGAUAAUUCUGAAUAUGAAAAGGCACAUAAUUAUGAGAGAGAAUUUAAAGAAGAAGAACAUUUUAGCUCUAACUAUGAGUUGAACAAUAAAAAAAUAGAUUAUAAAAAAACGAAUACUGAUACUAACGAAAAAUUGAAUGAAGAAAAGGGUCAAGAAAUGAAUGAAGAGAAGGGUCAAGAAAUGAAUGAAGAAAAGAGUCAAGAAUUAAAUGAAGAAAAUAUUCAAGAAAUGAAUGAAGAAAAAAGUCAAGAAUUGAAUGAAGAAAAAAUUCAAGAAAUGAAUGAAGAAAAAAUUCAAGAAAUGAAUGAAGAAAAAAGUCAAGAAAUGAAUGAAGAAAAAAGUCAAGAAAUGAAUGAAGAAACAAUUCAAGAAAUGGAUAAAAAAAAGGGUCAAGAAAUAAAUGAAAAAACAAAUCAAAAAUUGAAUAAAGAAAAUAACUAA